UCCGUUCCAGUCCCGGAAGAAGGAAGUGUCUCUAUGCGUUCCAUGGCAUUGAGCGUGGAAACAGAGGGAAUAAUGUUGUAGAGUGAGAGAUAUAAGCGAGGCGUUGGUGGUUGGAUGUCCGUACAAUGGAAAGUAAAAGUUCUGUAUAUAUAACACCAAAAAAGCCAGUGUUAUCGGCUAGUGCAAGAAAAAUCAAAGACAAUGUGGCAGACUGGCAUAAUCUGAUGCUUAAAUGGGAGACCUAUAACAAUGAUUCAUUCAAUAUAACAAGCAAGAUUAUCAAUCUAAAAAUAACUGCUGAUUCUGCAGAUAAAAUGUUGUUGGAUGAAGCCUUGCCUAAUAAGGAUAAUAUAACGACAGACAAAGUGGAAUUGGACAGACUGUGCUCAGAAGUACUUCAAACCAUACAAAAUAUGGAAAAAAUAUGGACCAAGAUGGAGAAGAUAACUGCCACUUUCAAAGGAAUCUGUGAUCUUGAAGCAUAUCAGUUUCCUGGUGAUAUUUCUAAGCCAACUCAUUUCCACACUUGGCCAACAACCCUUUUCUACGAGGCCUCCAUAAAAAUGUUGAAUAUGUAUAAAAAAGAAAUGCAACUUAAAAGGACCAUUGCUGGGGACCUUGCACAUACAUCAGAUCAGGACUUACAGAUGGUGUAUUUAUCUUGUUGGUUAUACCAGCCAUACAUCGACAACACCAUCAAAGUCUUACUUGAAAGCAUGCUGCUGGAAACAGGACACAGACUCAUCUAAUGGUUUCAGACCCUUUAAAGAACAAGUCAAAUCAAAUUCAUGGGGGCGCAAACGAUUUAGGCUUGAAUAUAUUUGCUUACCUAAUGCACAAUGCAGGUGAUCCUAUUCACUGAAAAGUGCACCAGACUGGGGUACUAUACUUUGAGCACUUCAUCACCAUCUCUGCUGAUAUCCCUGUCCUCCUCUGUGCUCCUUGGGUACCUUUGUGUGUGUAUUUAAGUAAAUAAGAAAUGUAAAAAAAAAAUAAAGAAUAAUAUAUACUGGGUUUGCCUUGAGAGAAGUCCCAGUGGA